CAGGCAGGUCCUCUACGUAUUGAUAUUCAUCAAGAAAUACAGCCUCACUCUACGACAUUCACCUGCGCAUAAAAGAAGUAAAAGAGCUACUGGAUUUAUGCACAGGGCAAAUUUGUCAAGACACAUACUUAAAACAGGGCGCAGCUGAAGCGGUCUAGCAUUUUAAGGAUGGCGCUGUCCGGUGCGGAAACGAUAAACCAGGAUGAACACGAAGAGUCUUUCAUCCUUCGAGCAGUCAGGAUAGCAGCUGUGGUCGCACUCUACUGGUUCGUCUCAAUAACAAUGGUGUUCCUUAAUAACUUCCUCCUCGACAACCGAGACCUGGAGGCCCCGUUGUUCAUCACCUUCUACCAGUGCGCGGUGACCGUCGGUCUGUGCUGGCUCAUGCAGCUUCUUGCCAAGAUGUGUCCCGGAGUGGUCGACUUCCCGUCGGUCAAGUUCGACCUGAAGACGUCGCGUGAGGUCCUGCCGCUGUCCUUCGUCUUCAUCGGGAUGAUCACCUUCAACAACCUGUGUUUAAAAUUUGUUGGAGUGGCUUUUUACACAGUUAGCCGAUCUCUCAGCACUGUUUUUAACGUGCUGUUUUCAUUUAUUAUCCUGAAACAAACCACAUCUAUGCAUGCUCUAAUCUGCUGUGGGAUCAUAAUGGGUGGAUUCUGGCUUGGCGUGGACCAGGAAGGCCUGGCUGGUUCCCUGUCUUGGUCGGGUGUGUUUUUUGGGGUGCUGGCGAGUGCCUCCGUCUCUCUCAAUGCCAUCUACACCAAGAAGGUGAUGCCUGCUGUGGAUGGAAGCAUCUGGAAGCUGUGUUUUUACAACAACAUCAACGCGUGCAUCCUUUUCCUUCCUCUCAUCCUUGUGUUCGGGGAGGUGGGCAGAGUAGCCAGCUUUAGUCGCUUGACCGACCUCAGUUUUUGGGGGAUGAUGACACUGGGAGGAGUGUUUGGUUUCGCCAUCGGCUACGUCACAGGCCUCCAGAUCAAAUUUACCAGCCCACUAACCCAUAACGUCUCAGGAACAGCAAAAGCUUGUGUGCAGACUGUUAUAGCAGUGGUGUACAACUCAACCAGUAAGAGCCUGCUGUGGUGGACCAGUAACAUGAUGGUUCUUGGUGGCUCUUCAGCCUACACUUUUGUCAAAAGUAGAGAAAUGCAGAAAACUGCACACAGAGGGCCUCAGGACUCUGCUAAGGAAAAACUACUACCUGGGGAGAAAGAAAACCCUGGAGUGUAACCAUAUCAGGUUAGUACAGAACCUCUUUCUACAAGUGGCGUACAAAUGUGAAAUGCAUUUAGAAUGCUUGUUAUUUAAACAAUGCAAUAAACUGUUUAAGAGAUUA